UUUUAGAACAAUGAUGGAAUUAGAUGUAUUAAGCGCUGAUAUAUCGAAAGCAUACGACGAUUUGCGAACCAUCGAGGAAUCAAUUAUUUCACUAUCGGGAAAGGAAAGGUUUGGUGCGGGCAGGCGACGUAUUUUGGAUUCAGCUAGUCGUCCUGGCAAUUACGGAUUUGAAAGACGUGAUGCACGCACAGUAAGCUUGGAUUCUUCGGGACCGAAUAAACGUCGUUUAGUUAUAUCUGCUGAGAAUGAUUUAUACGAAGGUUCGGAUAAACGGGCACGAUAUGAUGAUAGGGAAGAUGAAGCUGUGCGACGUACUGUGCAGUCAUCAGUUGUUAUGCCUGCAAUUGAGACUAAAUCGCGUAAAGCUGCUAUAUCUGAGUUGAAAGGAGCAGAAAAAAAGGAAGUUAAUGUCAGAAAUCGUCGAAUGUUUUCAAAUUUACUGCUUGGGACCCUGCAGCGUUUCCAGAUGGAGGAGAAGAAAAUAUCUUCAGUAGAAAAAGUUCAGGCUGAAAAGCAAAAGGAGGUUGAAAGGCGUUUACGAGAGUCGGAAGAAGAAGAGCGCGAACGAUUAGCUCGAGAAAAAGCCGCUCUGCUUGGAAAACGGCGUGAAAAAGAACGUUUAAUUAAAUCAUUGCAGCGAAAAAAAGCGAUUAUACAAUAUGCAGAGCAAAAGCAGGAGCAUUAUCGCAAAUUACAGAAUUUUAUUCAAACGCAGGCAAAGCCACCGGUAUUCUAUUUGCCAGCAAAACACACACUGCGAACUUUGGAACUGUUGAAAGUGUCUUCAAAGAAGAUAGAUGAGCUUAUUGAACAUCGCCGGCAACAAAUGGAAGCUGACCUAAAAACACCAGAAGAGAAGCAAGUGGAUGAGGGUGAAUCUGAUGGGGAGCAUUCCGAAACUUCAGCAGCUACGCGCUCCAUUGCAAAAAUGAACACGGAAGAUGCAAACAAGCCUUCAGACAGUGAAAUUGGUGGCAAAAAGUUGGACGAUGAUGAAGUCAUGGAAAGGGAAAUGGUGGGAGGAGUAUCCAUGGAAUCUUCAUUGCGGGACUUUGGAGAGGAAGAAUGUAUGAAUGGUGAUGAAAUAAAAGAGUCGAAACAACUGGAUGAGGACGAGCAAGAAACAGGUAAGGAUAAUAGUCGUAGUGACAGUGAGCCACCAGGUGUUGAAGAUGAAAUUGAUCAGGAUGGUGACUCUCAUGUUGCAUUUGCUGACGAAGAUGAUUAAUGAUAUAAAAAUUUUCGAGUAAGUGUUCUUGUGAAGUUUAUUUUACAGAUGGCCUCAAUUUUUAUUGAGUUUAGUUCAGUAACUAGCUGAUGAUGUAUACCUGUGGAAGGAUCAUAUCACCCUUGUAAUGGUGAUAAUAUGUUUUUAAAAUGGAAUAUUAUACUGUUUGGAAGAGCUCCAUUCUUACUGCAAGAAAAAUCUUCGUUACUGAAUUCUAAUUUAAGUAAGGGGAUGAAGAUUUUUGAAUACAACAGUCAUAGGUUUUGAUUUAUAUUUUGAAACAGCAUCAGUACCUGGCCUACUUUUGUCCAUUUAUUCCUUAGUUCGGUUAUCUUUGUUAUGUCGGAACCUAAUAUUCGUAGUAAUUUCUUACCCUGAUAAUAUAUUUCAGGUUCAUAGAUUUUUGUUUCGUUUCAACUUCCUUUUCAGCUUUUAUUUCUUUACGGCUCAAUAACUUCAGUUAAUAAUACCGUCAUCAUGACAUUCGGCAUGUGUUUUACUGUUGCAGCGUUACUGUUUGUUCAGUAAGCAACCUUUUGCUUAUUUCUAACUUUUGCUUAUUCGUACGUUAUUUUAGAAAAAAAAGAGUGAAAUUUUGCCGUUCACUUUUCAGUACUAGUUGCACAGUAGGGAGUUAACUGCAGUUUGUUUUAGUAGCAGUUUGAAUUAUUUAUAUCUAUUGACAUUUGAAUUUUCAUAUGAGCAGCCUACAGCUCAGAUUAUAUACGUUGUAUUCUGUUUUACUUCGUUUUCGCAUACUUUUCCACUUUGUUCAUGGUGUUGUUUUUGUCUAGGGAUAAAAUGUUUUACCGCAG